UGCCUUUUAUUGAAAUCCGAUGAAAAUUACAAAUUUGGAGAGUGGUUGGAAAAUACUCAUUUCGGUUUAUUUUCAAAUAUCACUGAAAAAAGUGUGAUCAGGGUUAAGUAAUAUUUACUAAAUAAAUAAGAGCAAACUAUACAUAAUAAAAAAGACUGUGUGCAGUUUUGAAUCUCACUGAGCUGAAUUAACCAAAUUUGAAUAUUUUUUUAAUUGCAUUUUACUCUGUUUUUAUUUAAAUAUAAUCAGCAAAAAAACAAUAAGUAUUAUUUAUUUAUUUUCAUUGGUAAAGUCAAAAAUGCAGAAAAUUGAUAAAUUUUACUCAUUUGGGAGGCCUUGACUUUUUCCCGCCCAAGGCAUUUUCAUCACAGGAACAUCGCGUCUGCUCAGCAUUUCGUGGACUACCGUUUGCUUAAAGUGACAUUACAGUUGCGAAAUGAUUUGGAAAAAAUGGCCAAAACAUUUGCACACAGAAGAAACGAAAUCAUCAACCAAUCACCCAUUAUAGAGGACAUCAAAGCCAGAUGGCCCGCUCUAUUUGAGACAUCUCANAUCCAGGAUGAGUUUCACAGAAUCACAAUGGUGCAUCUUAAAUCAAAGUUCAUGUCCAAACUGGAUGAAUAUACUCCUCGACUUCUGAACCUCUUCCACUCGAAGGGCGGAAGCAUGGGGUUGAGAUUGCAGGCUAUCCUACUCAAGACUCCAAGCAAUCCUGACAUCAACAUGACCAGAGAUGUUAUCAUUCGAUGUUUGAUGAUGUACCUUGGGGAAUCUACAGAUGAACUCUUAAAAGAGUACGAUGAUGCUGAUGAAGACAGUGUGUCACAGGACCUUGCUGUUCAAAGCCUGAAGAUCUACAACAUCAAAGCUAACACGUCAGAGGAUCCAGACAUCGGUAUCGUGGUGGACGGCAUGAAAAUUCUAACUGCUCUGGGUAACUUUCCAAGGGCUUGCUCCCUGCUUGUUGGGUUGGCGUAUGCUGUGAGUCUCGCCUAUCCAAAGGAGCUCAGAUACACGUUUGAAGUGUUUCAGAAACUUCUCCUCGGGCUGGAUAGUUCAAAGCUCUCCCCAAAAGUGAACAGCCUCAGGAAUAAACUACUGGCUUAAGAAAACGGACCCUUGCUAAACAAAAGGGAAUAGACAAGUCACUGUCAAAACCAACACGCAAAACUUUGUGAAAUGCUCGGUGAAGUUAGUUAAAAUUAGGGUCAUUUUCAGUUCAGUGGAUUUCUGCAUGUGUAUUUUUUCUUGCAGUACAUUACAGUUAACCACCCUUUCUAAGGACUGACCCCUUGUUCUCAUAUGUGCCUGUUAUAUGGCUUGGAUCUGUUCAGGUCUGUCACAUGAACCCUUGUCCCUUUUAUACAGCAUAGAGCAUCCACUAUUGCCUUUUUGGAGAGUCCAUGCAGGCUUCACCACUGAAGGGUGAUGAUCUGCAGGCUGGAAAACUUUGUUGUGUUUCAUUUGCACUUUAUUUAAUAUGUUUUUUAUUUUUCGAAAAGUGUCACGGAGCCAAGGGCCCCAACACAGUGACAAGAUGUAGCAUAAACAUACAAAAAAAGAAAAUGGAAGUUUUUAUGCCUCAAAGGUCUCGCCCAACUCUCACAUCUUGUCAUGUGUUUUCCCCAGGUAAGUUUUAUGUGCAUACUUGUUUUGGGCUCUGCAUGCCUUAAACAUGCAGAGCCCAAAAGUGAACAUAAGAGUUCACUUUAAACAUAAAGUGAACUCUUAUGUGAUUGAUAAAUUGUUGAAGCAAGUUUAACUGAGUCCACGUUGAUUGUUGUUGAUGUGAUGGUUCUAAAAAAUCAUGUUAACUAUACUUUGAGCAGAGUGGCACUAUGUUUUUGUCUUAAUACUGAUAUAUAUUGCCCCUUCUCUGUUUUAUUGUUGUAUUUAGGAAUUUUGCACUAGUUGGUGCUGGAUAAACACGUUUUAUAAAAUUGCACAAAUAAAUGCUGCUGCUGUUUUAUGCAUUGUAA